AUGUGUCGCUUUAAAAACCUUUUGAUGUCACGUGAUGGGAGUGUGGGCGUGUUGACAACGUUCAACAUGGCGUCUCACGGUAGUUGGCUGUUCUGUUUACGGACUCUAUCGUUGAGCAUCUUCUUUGACUGUACGUAUUGCCAUUUUCACCGUGUUCUCGGAAAUGAUGUCGAUAGCUGUAAAAGUCUACGCUUGGGACAGUAUCUUUGCAAAGAACCACGGAUAGAUGAUGCCACUCAGGAACCUGCGAACUGCAAGGACAUGAUAGCUUGGGUGGAAUGCCUACCUGCUCCGAAUGUCAGCUGCCGCUUGUCCAACGGGACAGAGUUUCGGUUCAGCGGAGAGGAAGUGGGCUUCAACCAGAGCAUCCCCUGCAGGAAUGUGAGCGGUUACUCCUACAAAAUAGCAGUGGCCUUGUCCCUCUUCCUGGGGUGGUUAGGUGCUGAUCGCUUCUACCUGGGAUACCCAGCUUUAGGGCUGCUCAAGUUCUGCACUGUGGGCUUCUGUGGGAUUGGGAGCUUGGUGGAUUUCAUGUUGAUCUCAAUGCAGAUAGUGGGUCCAUCGGAUAAGUCUGACUACAUAGUGGACUACUACGGUGCCAGACUCACACGUCUCUCCAUCACCAACGACACCUAUAGAAGAACCCAGAUCUCACCCUGAGGGUGGGUACACGAGUAUAGCAUGUUAGACACGCCGCACCGGGGUACACGGGUGAAUCUCAAGUCUAUAGCAUGUUAGUUAGAGACAACAGGCUUUGGCGAGUCAUUCGCUGUGUAAUUGUGGAAACCCAGAACAAACAUGUCAUGUAACUGCAUCCGCUACCAUUUACAUGUUAUGAAGUCUGUCCACGAGAGAUGAGCCACUUUAUAACAGUUUGCACGUCUUGUACAUACACGACAUGACCAAAAGUAUUUGGACACUUGUUUGUCGAACAUCUCAUUCUAAAAUCAUGAGUUGGUCCCCCUUUUGCUGCAAUAGCAGCCCUCACUCUUCUGGGAAGGCUUUUCACUAGAUGUUGGAACAUUGCUGCGGGGACUUGCUUCCAUUCAGCCACAAGAGCAUUAGUGGGGUGGGCACUGAUGUUGGGGCAAUUGGGCCUGGCUCGCAGUCGGCAUUCCAAUUCCUCCCAAAGGUAUUCGAUGGGGUUGAGGUCAGGGUUUUGUGCAGGCCAGUCAAGAUCUUCCACACCGAUCGCGACAAACCAUUUCUGUAUGGACCUUGCUUUUUGCACGGAGGCAUUGUCCUGCUGAAACAGGAAAGGGCGAGAUUUCAUGGCUGUGUAUUCAAUUUGAUACACCUGUCAGCAACGUGGUGUGGCUGAAAUAGAAGAUUCCACUCAUUUGAAGGGGUGUCCACAUACUUCUGUAUAGAAUGUCAUUUUGAAUGUCCACUUAUUACAUCUGCAUGACAUUCUUAUUACAGCUGUAUGACAUUCAAAAUUAUAUGUACAUGAGCCCACACUGUACAGUCUGCUAGGCAUCACAUGAGAAUUUAACACUGACUCUAUCAAAUAUAUAAGUUCAACAACAAAAUACUGCAUGCAACCUCUUUUCUGUCGUUUCAGGGCGAAAGUGAAAAACAACAACAUGCUGUCUGAAUGCUGUCGUUUUAAAUUAUGCCCCUCUUUUGGCAUCCUAUUUUUCACCCAACCAGCACAUACGAACUAUUCCGAGUCCACUUCUCCUGUCUGCAUGUACCCCCAAUGUCAGGAGUAGAGCCUGUGAAGCGAGACUUAGUCUCUCCUUGCUUCUUUGUCCUUCAUUCCUUGUCUUCUCCUCAAAAUGCAUUUGAAUAAUUGGAUACCUAGAAAUUGGGUAGAAAAAGGGGUCAAAUAAAACAUGUAAAAAUGCAUUUGAACAUCAAAUCUGAGGAGAUGAGGAUACAAGGAACCAAGGAAAGACUUGAGAUUCACCCGUGGACACGAGCUCAGGUCCCGGAGGGUUACAGUACAGGCUUUUGUUCCAACACAACAUUAGCCACACCGUGUAGCUCUCCAGUACCAGUGGGUUGAUGACCACCACCAUAGCGCUUCAAGUCAUCGUUAUACUCCUAUGAGAAUCUAGAAUCUGCACUGAGAACGGUGUACUGUAAACAUAAUGUCAUCUGUGGUUUUUGAGUAUGUCUGGCAGCAAGGGAACUAAUUGUACUGUAUGACUGUCUUUCUGCUUUCAUUUUGUCAUUUGAGAUUUUUGUAAAUAAAGUGAUCAUUUAAUGAA